CCUUGAUCAGGCUGGGAAUUCUGGAAUCGUCAAAAACUCCAAAUCAUAAUUUCAACCAUCCUGUUUCGCCCUACAUUAUGUCAGGUACAUCUCGAAACUCGCUAUUAUGAAAGGUCAAACUCGAAGACGGUAUACCAUCGCUUGGAUCUGCCCUCUCGGCGUGGAAUACAAUGCGGCAGUGCAGAUGUUGGACAAACAGCAUAGAGAGGCACCAUAUAUUGCUGGAGACUCCAAUGCCUAUCAGCUUUGUAGUAUUCAUGGGCAUAAUGUGGUUAUUGUGGUCCUCCCUGAAGCCGGGAACGUACCUGCUGCUAGGGCUGUCGAGCGGAUGAGCAGAUCUUUUCCAGAUCUGGAAUUAGCGUUGUUGGUCGGGAUCGGGGGAGGGGUUCCUGUGAAGACAGACAGCGGGGAUAUUCGGCUUGGAGACGUGGUAGUCGGUACACCUGCGAGCGUUCACCCUGGCACUGUGAGGUAUGACCAGGGGAAAGCCGAAGCCGACCAGAUCACCCGGACAGGCUGUCUCUCCCGUCCCCCGGCAGCGCUUCUCGGCGCGGUCAAAAAGCUCGAGGAGAGCAGAACUCGUGAUCAAGAUCCCAUCGGCAGGAAUCUCAGGCGGUUUGAUACUCCUGACCUGAAACUAUCCUAUUCCUAUCCGGGGACAAGCGAAGACCGGCUUUUUGAGGCAGAUUAUAAUCAUAGGGCCUUAGGUGCUCUAUGUACCGAGUGUGGCUGUGAUACAACCAGGCUGGUAGCCCGUGAACAGCGAAAUGAUGAGAAUGGUUCGCCGUAUGUAGUGGUACAUCAUGGGACCAUCGGAACCGGCGAGAUGGUGAUCAAGGACGCUAGAAGGAGAGAUGCCCUAGCCCAGCAGUUCGGAGCUAUUUGUUUUGAGACCGAGGCAGCAGGAACGCUUUAUAACUUUUCCUGCUUGGUGGUCCGAGGGAUAGCUGACUAUUGUGACUCCCAUAAAAAUCGUGAGUGGCAUGGGUACGCCGCUGCUUCCGCUGCCGCAUAUGCAAGAGCACUUCUCGAGCACGUACCCUACCAAACCGCUAGAAGGUCGGCACAUAACGAAGUUGCCGCGGAAAGGCAACGCCAACAGACAGCCACCUGGCUUAGCCCGAUCAAUUACGAGCACCAGCAGCGCCAUUUUCACAGCAUGUAUAUGAAAGGUACAGGACAAUGGAUUUUCACGAAUGAGAAAUUUAAAAAAUGGUUGAACGAGCGCAAGGAGACCCUCCUCUUCUCAGGCCCCCCGGGAACCGGAAAGACAGUCAUAACAUCUGCAGUCAUCCAACACUUGCAAAGACACUUCUCAGGCGAGCCCCUUACCACAAUUGCAUAUAUAUAUUGUGAACCCAUCGGACAGGCUGAAAAAAGUCCACUCAAGCUUCUAUCAAACAUUUUGAAACAGCUCUAUACCGGGCUGGAUUUCAUUCCACAGAACAUAACCAAGCUCCAUCAGCAGUGUCUGCAACGGCAGGAGCCACCGAAGUAUGGCCAACUAUUCAGGGCCCUGACUUUGGUUUCGAGCACCUACGAGCGUGUUUUUAUUGUUAUUGACGCACUCGAGGAGAUCCUUGGCUCUGAUGAGAACUGCCGGCAGUUUAUCGCAACGCUAGUGGACCUUCAGGGGAACGCAAAUGUCAAUAUAUUGUUGACGUGGAGCGAGACCCACUGGGUCACCCAUCAAUUUCGCAGCAAUGUUUCAGAACUUCAGAUCCAAGUCCCAGUCAGCGAUUUGGAGGCAUAUCUCGACCGGGAUCUUGAUCAAAUGCCCUUCGGUUCUAGUGACAUAUCGGUCAAGCAGCGUAUAAGAACUAGUGCUUUGCGAGCCCUGGAAAAGACUCCGAGAUUUCUGCUUGCGUAUCUCUGGAUUCAGCUAUUUAGGAGCUGCAGCUCCGCAGCGGAAGCCAUAGACACCUUGGAGACACUCCCGGACAGUCAUUCUGAUUACCAAGAGAUUUACGCUAAAAUCUUGGAAAGAUUCGGGAAGCAAAAUGACGACAGAAGGAAGAUAGGCAACUGUGUUUUCGCAUGGCUGUCAUGCGCUUUGAAACCUUUCACUUGGUCGGAGCUCCAAAUUGCCAUCGCGAUGCAAUUGAAAGACAGCGGCAUCACUUCACCUACUAGUCAUGACAAGAAAUCCGUCCUUUCAGCAUGCCUCGGGUUAGUGGCUAUCAAUACAACAACCGAUGUCAUCCAGUUUGUACACGCAACCGUUUACGGGCAUCUUGAAUGGCCUCCUGAAUGGCCUCUAGAAGCUCACUUCGGCAUAGCUAGCGUUUGCAUGACAUAUUUAUCCAGCCGCAGACAAUCAAGCAUUGGGACGAACAAAACGGUCUGCACUGACAGCUCCCCCGCAGGUAUGUUGCGUAAAUAUGCCGCUCAGAACUGGGGACAUCAUGUGAUGAUGUCCCGGAACUUUCCAACGGGCAACAUUAUUGAAUUCAUGCGGGAGAUGGAUAUAGUCGCUGAAAGCAGCUGCCAAAUUUUUGCGCUCAAUGGGAGCCAGUAUCAUUCGCAGGCUCAUGAGACUGCGAUGACAAACAUGCACCUGGCGGCAUAUUUUCGGUUGCACGACACAUUGAAGGCUAUAAUCCGGACCAGAGAAACUCCGACUUGGUACCACGGUUUGUGGGAUACAGUAUGGGGAGGAACUCCUUAUCUCAAUCCCACGGACGAUUGUGGCAGAACUCCGCUCUCGUAUGCUGCAGAGAAGGGCGACUACGAUAUUGUGAAACUCCUCCUUGAAAAGGGUGCCACUAUUGAUCUAAAGGAUACCAAUGGAAGGACGCCACUCUCGUGGGCCGCUGGGGCCGGCAAUGUUAAGAUAGUGUCGGAGCUUCUGGAGCACGAUGCCUCCAUCAAUACGCAAGACAAGUCACAGAGAACACCGCUGUUCUGGGCCGCAGCAAAUGGCCACUUGCCGGUAGUGGAAAAGUUACUCGGGCAGGAAGGUCUCAUUCCCGAAGAGCCUGCUUCAAGUGUCAUUGCAACAGUUUGGAAGUCUCUGAUGAAGGAUCGCCCCGACGUCAACGAGGAUGAGCCUAGCGGGAGUACUCCAUUAAUAAGUGCUACAGGUAAUGGUCACUGUCACGUUGUGAAGUACUUACUGAGCACAAAUGCUUCCACAGAGACAAAGGAUAUGAGUGGUCGAGCGGCGCUUUCAUGGGCUGCUGGCAAUGGCCAUACUGAUGCGGUAAUUUCUCUCCUAAUGAAGGGAGCAUCAAUCAAGGCUGUAGAUAAGGAAGGGAGAGACGCACUUAUGUGGGCAGCUGCUCACGGCCACCUAGCCACAGCGGAGUCCCUGAUGGAAGGAGGAGCGUCUCUUACUGCGAAUGACAGCGCCCGGCGAGCGGCACUUUCAUUUGCAGCUGAGAAUGGUCAAAGCGGCAUGGUGACAAUGCUUCUGGAAAAGGGUGCUUUUGUCGAUGAACAGGACAACCAUCGUCGAACAGCACUUUUGUGGGCUGCCGAGGGCGGGCACGUGUCGACCUUGAGGAUACUUUUUGACCACGGUGCUAUUUUAGAUCACAGAAACAGCAGUGGCCGAACAGCGCUUUCAUUGGCUGCCGGAGAAGGCCACUUGAGGGCGGCAGAAGCUCUAGUGAAUAUGGGAGCCAAGCCGGAAUUGACCGAUAACAGUGAGCGAAACGCUUUGUCAUGGGCUGCUGGCAACGGACACAUAGAGGUGGUAUUCUUCUUACUGGACAGUGUCAGCCCGGAGUGGUUGGAAACCACUGAUACUUCCGGGCUGACAUUCUUCGCAUGGGCGGCUCGCAAUGGUCAAGCCAACGUGAUAAGUCCACUGCUCGAACGACUGGAGCAGAACUUGAUACGCACUGCAAAUAAGCAUGGUCAGACGGCCUUUUUCUUAGCUUGUCUCUAUGGCCAUACCGAAGUCGUCGACAUCUUCCUGCAGCAGCGCGUGUUUAACGUAUGUGAAUCGGAUCGUUGCGGAAACUCGCCCCUUUUAGCCGCAGCUUCGGGAAACCAUGUAGAGGUUGUGGAGCUUCUACUAAGAUACGGGGCCCCAAUCAACACAGUGGGCCCGUAUCGGCGAACGGUUCUUUGGCAUGCUGCUGCCGAUGGAAGACUCGGUGUUGUGCGAAAGCUGCUCGAGCACGGCGCUAAUAUGAGAUUGGAAGACAUUUCUGGUACAUCGCCACUCCUUGUAGCCGUCGAGUUCAACCACCAGGAUGUAGCAAGCUUGCUACUCAGCCAUGGAGCUGAUGUGAAUUGUCCAGACAGCACAGGUCAGUUUCCUCUUCUUUGGGCUGUGAAGCAUAACGAUGUGACUCUGGCAAGAAUGCUGCUGGCCCGUGGAGCUAAAGUGAACGGCAAGGACAGCGAGGGGUUGACACUGGAGGCCCGGGCUUAUCGACAUAAUGAGCAGGGUAGAGAGCUUCAAGCGCUGAUCAGAGAAUAUAGUCAGAGAGCAUGGGGAUGGUCCAGCAGUUCGGAGUCGAUUUUUAGUGUAGAUAGCCGUUGAUAUUGCGAAUAAUUUGACAUUCCCUGGCUAGCCCGUUC